GGUGGAAGUAGAGUGGGAUUUAUCAUUUUAUGUGUAGUGGUAAAACUCAGAAGGGUACUAUUUUAAUGGCGGCUGGUCAGAGUUUCAGCUUUUGAAAUUCCUUAUUAUCCACAUUUAAAACCCUCUUCCCUUCAUUUCGAAACAAAGUCUCCUUCCAUUUUUGCGGCAAAAUACCCUUGGCAGGGUAGGUCUUUACAAAAACUCGUUUUAUUCAAUAAAAAGAAAAACCCCAGAUUACAUUGGUUUUCAUGUGCUUACUCAACAAGGUGGCGCACCACAGAGGGUCAGGUCAGUACGUCAGGUUCCCUCCUGUUGGAGAUGGCGGUGAAGAACAGCAAGAAGAUAGCAACACCCAAGAAAUACAAUCCCAGCUGUCUCAAAUUCGAGAAUCCAACCAACCGAUGAUCCAACAUAGGAACAACACAGAAAUGUUUUUUGGACCACAAGGUCAAGCAACCGAGAUGUCAGCAAUGGUAUCUGCCCUGACACAUGUUGUUUCCGGGCAAAGAGCUGCUGCUGAUUGGGGUUACGGUGCUAACUUGGCUGGCAUGGUCACGUCUAGUUUUGGACAUAGCGGCUCCGCUGCUUCUCCUUCUUCUUAUUCUUCUUCUGCUUCUCCUUCUGGUUCUGGUUCUGCUUCCGGUUCUGGUCUAUGGAUUGGUCAAAAAAGAGGGCGUGAAGAAGAGGGUGCUACUCAAUGGAUUGAGUCUGUAACAAGGGUUCAAAGACCUUUUGGUGAUUUCAGAGGCUCUCAUGCCGAUUCAUCAUCUGGUGCAACUACUGUUACUGAAGAAACUACAAACGUUGUUGCGCCACCUACCACAACUGCACCUUCAACCACAUCAACAGAAACAGCAGCAGCCUCUGAAGAAACCGGCGAGCGAAGAAGAAGAUAUAGAGGCGUUAGGCAAAGGCCAUGGGGAAAGUGGGCAGCAGAAAUACGUGAUCCACACAAAGCAGCAAGAGUUUGGCUUGGUACAUUUGAUACAGCAGAAGCCGCGGCAAGAGCCUAUGACGACGCUGCCUUGAGGUUCAGGGGAAACAGGGCCAAGUUAAAUUUCCCGGAAAAUGUCAGGCUAGUUCCUCAACCAAUGCAAAAUUUUCCUGCCACCCAAACAUCAGUUUCUAGUUCUCUAACAACCCAUUUCCCACCAUCUCAUUCUACGCCAAUGCCAUCAUAUUACCAAUCCCAACCUCUUCAGAGCUCUAAUGUUGAUAUGCUGAGAGAUUAUUGGCAGUACUCUCAGUUGCUACAGAGUUCUACUGAUUUCCAUGGACAACAAACUACAAGCUUGCUAGAGCAGAUGAUUCAAUCUUCUCAACUAGCCAAUAUUCAACAACCAAUUCUAUCUUCUUCUUUGUCAUCUUUGCCAUCUUCAUUUGCAGUUUCAUCUGCUUCUGGUUCGUCAUCAUCUUCCUCUGCAUCUUUUCCUCUGCUUUUUGCUGAACAGCAACAAAUGGGCAUUUUAAGGCCACAGUUUAAUCAAACUCAGGCUAGUGGGUCAGAUUUUCCAGUGCCACCGUCGUCUCAUCCUGGUCAUUAUCCUUCAUCCACUGGUUAAUAGUAAUCCCAUUUUUUUAUAAAUAAAUAUAUUUAAAAUUUUUAGGAUCUUUUCCCUUUUUUUUUAUUUUAUUCUUUUGUUGAACUUUGUAUUUGCAUGUAGCUAGUUUGAUUUGAAUUAUUGUCAUCAUCCUUAUUGUGAAAAAAAGAAACAAACAAACAAAAGGAACAAAAAAAUCAGUAUAAUGUUAAGAGGGGAUAAAAACAAAGAGGCAUUUAGGAUUUUAGGCAUAGUUCGGUUCUCAAGGAUUUGAUGUUUACUUUCUCUCAAUUAUCGAACGAAAGAUGUAGAAACCAACAGCUUUUUUCAAGCUGUCUGUUGUUUGCUUUACAGCCAAAGAUUCAUUAAGAAUGUACUUUGUUUUUAUUUUUUUUGUUUUAAAUCUUAUUGUGAUUGAUAAUUAUCUUUUUGCUUACCA